UUCGAUAAGACUGAAAGUACAUUGAAAUCAACAAAAUAUAUUUAUUUUAUGCACAAAAAAGUGAAAACAAAUUAAAUACGUUUUACAAAGUGAUAAUUCAGUUAAAUAUAUAUGAGUGUGUACUUGCAAAUGCUCAUUUUCAAUUAUAAAUAAUGGUAGCUCCAAACUACUGAUGCUGCAGACCUGUUGGAUCUAAAAAGCUGGAAAAUUCUCAUACAACACAAAUAAUAUUUAAAGUUAAACAACACUUUGUUAAGAUAUCUAUGCUGCAGAAUGUCUAGCGAAGAAUCAACGGCUGCAAGCAAAGCAUCCAAAUCUUUUAAGGAUAGAAAAACAUUUUGGUACACGGUCGAUGAAAUCAGCGAAGAAGGAACAUGCCCCAGCUGUGGCCGAUCGAUGGAUAAGUUUAAAAAUGUAACUGCGCAUGUUAAACGCUGUUUUAGCAUCAAGAAAAUCGGACCCAUCUAUCGGCUUCAUGGCUACGUUGAAUGCAAAUGCGGACUUUUGAUAGCCGACAACACCAAGGCCAAGAAACUGCAUCUGUGUACAGGCGAAGUGCCAGCUUUUGAGCCAGAAUUGAACUAUGAACAACUAAAACCGUCUCCAGCAUUAUCGCUGUCAAUAGAUCAGGGAUCGACUGCUAAUCGCCUGACGGCGUCCAGUCCUUGCUUGGAAGAAAAAAAACAGCUACCGAAACCUUGGAUACGCAACUUUGUGUCACCAUUCAAAUUAGAUGUGGAGAACAUGCCGGAGAACACGAAACCGGAACCGCGAGUUCGCAACUUCGAUAUGCCAUCUAAUAGAUUAGAGCCACAGAAUGUGAGCGUUUACUCAAUAAGCUCGAAUAAUGGCGCCAUAUUUGUGACGGGACAAUCGCCGAAAUCAGGCAAAAAGAGUGUGAUUUUAAUACAGAGACCAAAACUGCGAUUGCCACGACUCAAAGGCAGCAAGUACAGUUAGAUUUCUGAUGAGAUGAUAUCCAUAUUCUUUUUAUAUUUUUUAUUCAUUUUCUACAACGAGAAUAAUAUGCUUGUUUUUUUAUACAUACUGUAAAUA